UGGGUCACUUAUUAAGACGCACACGGAGGCAAAAAAAAGGAGAAUUUAGAAAGGGCCAGCGGUGAUCAUUCAGUCACGCGCGUGGAAAUUCAAGCAGCAUUUCUCCACCGCAGCAGGAAGACGCAAAGCCGACUCACAUACACACACGGAAGGAAGGGGAGCGAGUCGAACGACUCGGAGAAACAAAACGAAAAAGAAGUUUGUUCCUUUUGAGUUUGGGGUGAGUGGAGGGGAGGGGGUAAAAGCGUGGAAUAAAAGUGAGGAAUCCACAGUGGGGAAAGAUGCCGCGGGUAGUUCCGGACCAGAGGAGCAAGUUUGAGAAUGAGGAGUUUUUUCGCAAAUUGAGCAGGGAGUGUGAGAUUAAAUACACUGGCUUCAGGGACCGACCCCAUGAGGAGAGGCAAGCCCGCUUCCAGAACGCCUGCAGAGAUGGACGCUCAGAAAUAGCCUUUGUAGCAACAGGCACCAACCUCUCCCUCCAGUUCUUUCCAGCCAACCUGCAUGGAGAUCAGAGACAGGUUCCUACGAGGGAGUAUGUUGACUUUGAGAGAGAGACAGGAAAGGUCCAUUUAAAGGCGCCGAUGAUCUUGAAUGGAGUGUGUGUGAUUUGGAGAGGUUGGAUCGACCUACAGAGGCUGGAUGGGAUGGGAUUCCUGGAAUAUGAUGAUGAGAGGGCACAGCAUGAGGACGCUUUGGCUCAGGCAGCAUUUGAGGACGCUCGACGAAGAACCAGAGACUUUGAAGAGCGAGAGAGGUCACACAGAGAGGACCUAGAGGACCCUGUGGUUUCUAAAAUUUGGGACUGAUGACAGACAGACACGCCAGCAGAAAACAAAAGGUCCAGAUGACAGCAGGACCCCAGCCCUGGCUUAAAGAUGGCCAGCGCUGAUGCGGAACACAAGAUGUGCUGAGGAAGAUGACAAGUAGAGGAAAACGGAAGAGGAGGAGACUCGGCCUGUUAUUCUUUCACUAAAUACAUUUAUCAAAAGAGAAAUGUUGAUUUGUUUAAAAUUUUAUUUACAUUUUUUUUAAUUCCAAUAUAUUUUUUAAAUGACUUAAGUAUUUAGGCAUUUGAAUAUAGGUAAUUGAUUGAAUUGACAGUGAACCAUGUAGAUAAAAGGAUUAAUAAAAAGAUCUACUGUGUUUGAUCACGUUUAAAUGUGACAAAUGUGAGUAGAUAAGACAAAUCAUACAAAAUAUCACCUGUAGUUUCAAUAAGCUUUUUACAAAUACUGAAAAUAUAAUUGAUUGAGAAUAAAUGUGGGAGAAGAUUACAGAAGCAAACAGAAGGGGAUCAAACAGAAAGUAAAAUCAUCAGGGAUGAUUCCUUAGUUUGGUACGUCAACAAGAAAAGAAAUAAAAGCUCAAAAUCCAGAGACCUGCUGUUUUCUGAGACCAAAGUUCACCUUGCUGGAAUGAAAGGGAGGUUGCGGGGAGUGAUACCAAAAUAAAAAAUCUGUUUUCUUAUUAGUAGUUGUAACUGCUUCUCAAAUGACCACAUCAAUGAGAUAACAGUCCAAAAAUUUAUAUUAGGUCAGGGGUAAGGUAACAACAACCAUUAGGGGGUGGGGGCAUUUAGAACAUGUCAUCCAGGAGUGUUUUGCACUAAGUGAUACAAUCAGUCAAGUUCACAUUGUUUUUGUUUGCAUGGGACUAAACAGAGGGCUACCUAUUUUGUUGGCUGUUCUAUGGGCAGCCUACUUAUCAUUAGAGCACUCUCUUUACAUAUUUCGGAUGAGGAAUAACUGGGUGAGUCAAAGUCACUUCAGACAGGUAAUGGACAUAACAAAAUGAAGCAUACAUCAAUUAAUAUUUUAGAGUUUUUUUUUUUUUAGUCGCUUCUUUUUUUUUUUAGCUUUCAAUAUAUCCAUUGGUCAGUCCCCCAGUUAUUCCUCAUUAAGUAUUGGAAAAGUGUGAAUGCCAUAAAAGGAAGCAAUUUCCUGUUACGGCACGAACAUAAUUAAAUGUGUUUUAUUAUUGUGUGUGUGUGUGUGUGUGUGUGUGAAAGUCAUGAUGUUUACUUUUUAUAAUCUCACUCCUUUUCAUAUAUAUUCAUUUGUCUUCAUCAACAAUUGUGUUUUGUGUCAUUUAUAUCGGAAUUUACAAAAUAUCAAAGUUUAUUCCUUCGAUUUGCGGCUUUAUUUUUGGUUUGUUUCAUGUGUUUUAUUGUGUGCUUUAAAUGUGGCUUAUCCAAAGUUCUGUUAUUAGGUCACAUAAUUGUUUUUAAAAUUUAAAACGAGUUAUUUUUAUGUAUUUCUGUUUAACAAAAUAUAUGUUUUAUUUUUUAUUUUGUCCAGUCCUCCCCCUACAAUCUAGAGAACAAUCCAUGGGUCUGAUUCACAAUUAUGUUUUGACUGGAAAUGUUUUAUCUGUUUGUAUAGAAAUUAAAAUUCAAUGAAAAAUUUA